AUGGCACAGCUCUCGUUAUUCCGAUCGCUAUGGGCAUUUCUCGCUUUGAUGUUGGUAGUGGGGCAAGCCACCACCCCAAAGCGACCUAAUGUCAUCCUCAUCAUGACUGAUGAUCAAGACCUUCACUUAAACUCAUUGGACUAUAUGCCUAUCACCUUGAAGUACUUCCGAGAUGAGGGAACCGAGUUUCGUAAGCACUAUUGCACUGUUGCCGUAUGCUGCCCCUCUCGAGUUAGUCUCCUAACAGGCAAAAUGGCACAUAAUACAAACGUUACAGAUGUGAAUCCUCCAUAUGGUGGCUACCCAAAAUUCAUUCAACAAGGACUUAAUGAGGACUAUCUGCCUACGUGGCUUCAGGAAGCUGGCUAUAAUACUUAUUAUACCGGGAAGCUGAUGAACGCCCACUCUCUCCUGACUUGGAAUGAUCCUCUCCCCGCUGGUUGGAAUAGAACAGGCUUUCUGAUCGAUCCUGGAACCUAUACCUACUACAAUACUUGUUGGCAAGCGGACCAAAAUCCUCCUAUCUGGCGAGCUGGGGAAUAUAAUACAGAUAUUGUCGCAGACGCAUCCUUGAAAUUCCUCGACGAAGCCUCGAAGAGUGACCGACCAUUCUUUAUGGGAGUGGCUCCUAUCGCCCCUCAUACAGAGGUUGAAUUCCUACAAAGUCAACCCCAACCACUAGCCAGGUUCAUCCCUCCGGUCCCGGCCAAACGACAUGAAGGUCUGUUUGCAGACGCGAUUGUCCCAAGAGGCCCAAGUUUCAAUCCCGAAGAAGUUCAAGGAGUUAACUGGAUCUCCGAUCUGCCUCGAGCUAACCAGACCGAAGUCGAGGGGAACGAUGAAUUUUACCGAGAUAGGCUCCGAUCCUUACAAUCAGUUGACGAGCUUGUUGGAGGCAUAGUCGAUAAGGUCGAAAAACUUGGCCUCUCUGAUAAUACUUAUAUAAUAUUCACGAGUGAUAAUGGCUUCCAUAUGGGCCAGCAUCGUCUAAAGCCAGGCAAAUCACUAGCAUAUGAAGAAGACGUUAACGUACCUUUCCUAGUCCGAGGACCGGACGUUCCGAAAAGCCAGUUCAUUGAUUUUACAACCUCUCACACCGACAUAGCGGCCACUAUCUUCGAUCUGGCAAAGAUUCCUCUCCGGGCCGAUUUUGACGGUAAACCAAUACCAUUAACGCUAUCGGCGAUGGAAAAGGCCGGUAAAUUGCCAGGUCAUGAUCAUGUUAGUAUCGAAUACUGGGGUCUCGCUGCCGCUGAGGGCUUUUUCGGUUCUAAUGGUCCGAUGGGCAGCGUUGACGUUUAUGACAAUAACACUUAUAAGGCAAUGCGCAUCGCUGGUCCACGGUAUGACUUACUCUAUACUGUAUGGUGUAACAAUGUUCACGAGUUGUAUGAUAUGAAGUCUGAUCCUUACCAGACGAAAAAUAUCUACUACAGCAAUGCCAGACUCUGCGGCGGUAAUUCGGUUGAAAAGGUUACCUCGCGCCUUGAUGCUCUAUUGAUGGUCACCAAGUCCUGUAAGGGCGAAGGAUGUAUCACUCCAUGGAAGGCUUUGCACCCAGGUGGAGAAGUACAAAACCUUGCGCAGGCUCUUGCACCGCAGUACGAUGAGUUUUAUAACUCACAGGCGAAGAUCAGCUAUAGUUCAUGCGAACCGGGGUACAUAAUUGCGGCGGAAGGACCCCAGGAGGUACUCGCCUACCAUCUCGGCGACUAG